GCAAUGGCCGGCUGUUACUUGGGGGGCUGGUACUGGAUCAAGCGGAGGGCCUCGUCGUUGUCCAGCACGCCCUGGAUGAACUCCCCCUCUGCCACGCGUUCUGCCAAAAACACAAAACGCACCGAAAUGUACCCGCAAGAAACAAGUGCCCAGGCCUGAUUGGGUUUCUGCCCAGCCAAGAGACUCCCUGGCUGGGACACUUGCGCUCACCAGGCGCCCCCAAAGUCUGGUUCUCCUUAGUGUCCUCGGUGGAUCAGAUGGAAAGUGUUGGCCUCACAGUUCUGAGGACCCGGGUUCAAUCCCAGCCCUCCAUGUGUGGAGUUUGCAUGUUGUCCCCCGUGCCUGCGUGGGUUUUCUCCCGGGCGCUCCGUUUUCCUCCCGCAUCCCCAAAACAUGCAACAUUAAUUGGACACUCUAAAUUGCCCGUAGGUGUGAUUGUGAGUGCGGCUGUUUGUCUCCAUGUGCCCUGCGAUUGGCCGGCGACCAGUCCAGGGUGGACCCUGCUUCCUGCCCGUUUACAGCUCGGCUCGCCUCCGGCACUCCUGCGACCCUCGUGAGGAUAAGCGGCUAAGAGUCAAGGGCCCAUGACUGCUUGGGUUGCUGGCCAGCCAAGAGACUCCCCGGCUGGGACACUUGUGCUCACCAGGCGCCCCCAAAGUCCGGUUCUCCUUUGUGUCCUCCCUCCUUUCCCCUCACCCUUUUUGCCUUUUAUAAUAUAUAAUAUGCGUUCAUCGAAGAUGACACGCUGUGGCGACACCUAACGGGACAAGCCGAAAGGUAAUUUGUAUAUAUGUACUUUUAUAUCUUUUUUUUUUCCCCACUGUGAGCUCCAGAGCCAAGUGCCCAGGACUGCUUGCAUUACUGCCCGACGAGGAGACUCCUCGGCAGGGUAACCCACCCUCACCGAGUCCCCCCGAAUAUCGGGUGCUCCCCCGCCCCCUCCCCUCAUCUUUUUACUUUACAUGCCACACUUAAUUUGUCUCGUGCAUUUUAGCGUCUCGCGCAUCAACCUGCCUAUUAUGGGAUGCCAGCAGAAAUCAAAACAAACAUCAGGAUCAAGCGAUUAAAGGAAAGCGAGACCAUGGCGGUGGGAACUUUUGACCUUACGUCGGGCCAAGACUUAGCGUGUCAGUCGAGCAGGUGCCUCUUCCUGCCAGAUGCAUGAUGGGAAAUAGCAGCUCCAGAUGCAGUGCACGUGUUUUCAGAUAUAGCGGGAUGAAUCCGGCAAGCAACUCAGAUGAUGCGAGCACGUCAGCUCACGACAUGGCUCCUGCCUCAAGAGGAGGAGGAGGAGGAGGAGGAGGUGUGUACCUGGAGUCUUACGAGGUGUCCUUCCCACUGGAGGAGGGGGCGGAGAGGCCGACCUCGUACCACCACGGCCAGCCGAUGAUGGAUGAGCCCGGCAUGCAGGACGCGCCCCCCUCGCAGUACAGCCCCUUCAUCUUGGUGUCCAACCUGCGGGCUCACCUCUACGUGGCGCUGGAGAAGAACGCCUGGCUGCAGAAGCGCAUCGAGGAGCUGGAGGAGGAGCGCAACUUCCUGCGCUGCCAGCUGGACCGCCUCAUCGUCGGCGUGCGGGGCCACGAGGAGUGGUGCGGCGACGCCCACCGCGGCGCCGUGAAGAUGCAACCCGCCAGCCCCAGCGGGCCGCCGUCGCCCAUGACCACCCGCUCCGGAAUGACCCUCAAACGCCUGCAGGGACCUCGGCCACGCCACGGCACCGCCAUACCCGUCAAGCAGGAGUUUCACCUGGAGGAGGAAAAAUUUUACACCGACGACGAGUUCCUCGAGGAGGAGGACGAGGACGACGAGGACGAGGAAGAGGAGGACUCCCCCGCGGAGGCCGGCUCCAAGAAGAAGGGGAGGGGCCGGGCCGGGGAGCCCAGGAUGAAGAAGAUGAGGAUCUUCCGCAUCACCCACGGCAGGGAGAGGCAGAGAGUGAAAGACCCCGAUGGCGUUCUGAUGCGCUACAAGAAGAUCCUUUCCACCUACCAGCGCGUGAGGAGCAUGUCCAGAGCGUUCCAGAUCCACGGCGUGGACCGCAACACCAUGGCCUCCACCUCCCCCAUCGCCGAGCUCCUGCUGGUGGCGCCGGAGAAGAUGGAUGAAGUGGGCGAGUUCGAGGCGCCCAAGGAGAAGCUCCUGGACUACGCCCGGCGCUGCUACAAAAUCAUGGACGAGCAGACGCACGUCAAAGUUCAGAACAUGAAGAAAAGCCACAAGCUGCUGCCCAUCUCCUAUCGCUUUCGGAAUUGAUCCCGCGUUUUUCUAACCCGAAGGAGAUUUAAAAAAAACAAAAAAAGUUGACCUUUGAAUUACUUCCACGUUAAUGGAAGCUGCUUUAUUCUUGUCAUUUUUUGGAUUUUGCACAGAUCUUUAUCAAAGUUACCUGGGAUAAAAUCCCAGAAUAAUGAUAAGACGUGACCUCAUUUCGUUCGAGAUGAAUAUCAUUUGUGCCUCAAGGUUUUUGCACAGUAUGUUUGUUUCGAACACAAGUUAUGUUGUGUGCUGUAUUUAAGUUGUUUCAGGUCGUUAUUUUGAAAUAUUAAAACGUUAGAUAUUUGCAUCAA